AUGACUUCACCGCUAGAAAACCUGGAAAACCAUCUGGAAAUGUUCAUCGAAAACGUGCGUCAGAUCCGUAUCAUCGUGAGCGAUUUCCAGCCACAGGGGCAAAAUGUGCUGAACCAGAAGAUACAAUCGCUCGUCACCGGAUUGCAGGAGAUCGAUAAGAUGAAGAACCAGAUCGACGUGAAUGUACCGUUGGAGGUGUUCGAUUACAUCGAUCAGGGCCGUAACCCGCAGCUCUACACGAAGGAUUGCAUCGAUAAGGCGCUUACCAAGAACGAAGAGGUGAAGGGCAAGAUCGACUCGUACCGCAAGUUCAAAAGCAAUUUGAUGAAGGAGCUCAGCGAAACCUUUCCCGUGGAGAUCAGCAAAUACAAGGCAAUCCGAGGAGAUGAAUAG